AUGACCUGGACUCGUGAAAGAACUCUAAGCAAACACAGCAGCAUUGCGAGUCACACGGCUGAUGUUUGUGGGAAUGAGGGCGCAGAAAAUAACAAUACGAAAGAUCUGAUCAACAAUAGAACCAACAGCUCCAACAUUUCGUCCGAAAACACUCACUUCACUUUCAUCACCCAAGCACUCCAAUCCAACCUUGACUCCACCAUGGUAGAUGAAAGAACCCUGAACAUAUAUGACCUCGUCAAGGAGACCAGUGAGAACUCAUGGAUCAUCAACAAGGGGGCCUUGAUAACCCGACACUAUUCGAAACCGGCCCAACCCUACUGGGAAGACGGCGAAGGUGCCUUCUUCACCAUGGAAGAAGCCCUAGACCCGAGACCAUUUACUCGGAGGAUUUCCGAUUCCUGUCCCAUCACCGACGCUUGCAAAAUGUCGACACAUAGCUGGGGACUCUUCAAGAUUGGUCAAGCUUACCUCAACGUCGCCCCGAACUUUGGAGCACAACAACACAACACAUUGGCGGCUUUGGCAAAGAGAUCUUUUGACUUCAUGAUACCUACUGAAUACUGCCAUGGGGUAUACGGUCUCUACUAUUACAUCGUCCACAGCAUCCUGCCGGGCAAGUCGAUUGCCGAGGUCUUACCAAAGAUAGACGAUGACGCCGUGAAGGCAGGGUGGGGGCAACAGAUAGCAGAAGCCUACGACCAACUGUCCAAGUGGCAUGGAGAUCGUAUUUGCGGCGUUGACGGCGGGAACCUGGGGUCCUUCUUUACUACCAAAACCGGCCGAUGGGACAACUUCAGUGAUUAUGCCUCCGAGAAGAUGCAAAAGAACUACGAGGAGGUGGGCCUAGACUGCUCCGAAUUCGUCUUCGCUCAUAACCACAUGAUGCCGCUUGCAUUCAUGCUUGAUGAGAGCAACAAACUAAUCGGAAUCAACUUUUGGAGCGAUGCUGGCUUCGUUCCUAAGGACCUUGUUCGUACCGUUACGCGCAGCCAAAGUUUUCGCGAAUCUGUCGUCAUGUGUAAGGAGUACAAUUGGACUCCAAAAGACACUUGGCAGUGGCAGAGAUGGAUUGACAAUCCACUCGGGGAGAUGGGAUUCCGAGAGUUUUGGUACGCGAUGCAGGUCUGGAGAUUGCCCGAUGACCACCCCGACAAAGCCAUGCGGCCCUCCUGCAACACCAAGAUCAACCUUUUAUGUCUGUCUGAGUGCAUUGGUGAUCAUGUCGCAUGGAGUUUAAAUGUUGUCGACCGUUAUAAAGCCGAGAUUUCAUAUCACAAUGUCACAGGCCCAGCAAAGGCACAUGUAGCGCAAAUAUCGCACACUCUAACCCAUGAAUCACCCGCCUGCCUGACCGCCACCACGCCUCUCAUUGCCAAACACUUAGACUCGUCUAGCAAUAGACUUGAAGACUAUGAAGACGUUGAAGAUGACGACGAGGAGAGUGACGACGACGGUGGCAAAGAACACGAAGACGGUGACGACAAGUGUAGUGAGGGCAAGGAAGAUCGCCUCUUCGAAGUUGGUGUUAUGCUUGUCUUUGGAGUCCCCAUCGCUACCGUCACUGUCGUCGCUACCGCCGUUGUCGUCGCUACCGUCGCUAUCAUGGUCCUCAUCUUCUUCUGA